AAAAAGAAUUGCUUUAGAACUAUUUUACGAGAUUUAAUUUAUCCUGUAGAUGUUGUUAGGUCACAAAAUGUCAAAAUGGGAUGAUCGAGAAAGAACUUAAGAAAUACUAUGACAUAUACACAUAUUUAUUCUCUAAUUGAGAAGCUGUCCAAGAAGAUGACAUGUGAAUCAGCAAAAUGUUACUCUACGGCAAUUUAUACCACGAUUAUGGUGGUUUUAUCCCUACAAUUGCUUGGUACAAUUGAGAAGCAAGUGUUUGACUUCCUGGGAUAUAUGUGGGCACCCAUCAUUGGUAACUUCUUCCAGAUUAUUUGUACAAUUCUGGGAAUUUUCGGAACAUAUCAGUACAGACCAAAAUUUAUAGCUGUUUAUUCCACCUGGAGUUUAAUAUGGCUUGGUUGGAACAUAUUUGUUAUUUGCCUUUAUUUGGAAGUAGGGGUGCUAAACCGGGAUCGGCAGAUGUAUAUUUUGAGUAUUGGUACAAAGAGUAAAAGUUGGUGGUUAGAGCACGGUAUAGGAUGUAAGAUCAGCAAUGAUUCAUGGGUAGAGGAUGACUCGUCUAACGCAGGACGUAAAAUACCCCCAGAAGAGUUUGUCGAAGGGUGCAUACUUGCAUACUACUAUGUGGAAGUUAUACAUGCAGGCGUGCAGUGUUUGUUGGCGUUGACUGGUUUUGUGUUCACACUUAUGGCUAUAUACAUCUACAGCGAGGAGCAGGAACCUUGUAAGUAUCCAGCUAGAACUUACGUUAGUCCUAAAGACUAUCCUUCUACCCACUAUGCCUCACUCGAGGCUGUCCAACACGCCAGGAACAGCUGGGGUCAGCCUACAUUUGUUACAUACGCAGAUUCCAUGGAGUGGUCUAAAGGAGAGGAAGUGGAAAAAUGUUCCAGUUAUGACCAGUCUGGUGCCUCUGGCAACCAGACUGGGUAUGGAUAUAGAAUUAGUGAUAACCAGUCUGUGAUAGAUAUUGGGGACCAGUCCAUGUCAGGGGGAGUGAACUCCUAUAGUGUUUCAAAGGGAGGUAAUCCUUACAAUGAGUACAUGACUGGUUCCACUAGAAUGAGGAAUUGUGAAAAUGGGACAGUAGAUCAGUCUAUUUACAGUUCAAGGGCAUAUAACUCUGGCGGUCUUUGGGCACAUAACCCACAUGGCGAUGGUUGUGAGAAUAUAUCAGCUGUGUGAAUGACAAUAUCAUGUUGCACUUUAAUCACUCCGCUUGCUAAGCUGCUUCGAAUGCUAAUGAUGAACUUGAGUUUGUAAAGAUGCAUACAUUAACACGAGCAAAUACAGAUCUUAAUUCUACACCGUCUCACGCUGCCUCGAACCCCGGUUACGAGGCGGACACCCAGUCUACACAUACACG